AUGGCACACAACAUCCAAUCCACAAACAUCCCCUCCUCCGGCUCUUCCCCGGUAAGCAGCGAAAGAGCAUCGACUCUGAAAUCAUUCAUGUCCUCCUUCUACACAACGAGCGACAAUCCCACAGCCCAUGACGAAUAUGCAAACUUCUUCACCAAGAACGCCACCUUAAUCAUGGGCGGGAAAAGGGCGGAUGGAUUUGACGAUAUCCUUGCAUUUCGCAAAUCUAUGUGGACAGCAGUCACCUCACGCAAACAUGUCGUCACAAAGAUCUUCUUUGGUGAUGAUAAUGAUAUGAUGCUUCAUGGAACCGUGACCUAUGUCAUGAAACAGGAUCCCCAGAAAAAGGAUGUGAAGUUUGAUUGGGCUGCGAGGGCGGAAUUUGAGGAUGGUCAGGACGGGUCAAAAAUGAAGUAUUAUCAAGUUUAUUUGGAUACUGCUGCUCAACAGGCUCUUGCCGCUGCCGUGCAGAAAUCAUAG